ACUCAAUCGACUCAAAAACAAACGUCAUCAGUAAAAUAGUGUUUCUUGACGAUUUUGCCGAAAACUUUAAACAAAAUAUUAAUUAAAUAAAAUGUUUACUUUGUGGACACUAAUUGAAGCUUCUCUUUUAUGUUUAAAUGCAGUAUGUGUUUUACAUGAAGAACGUUUCCUGGCCAGAAUUGGCUGGGGUGCUCAACAAAUGAAUCAAGAGUUUGGACAACCUACGGUUAAGGCUCAAGUUUUAAAUUUAAUUAGAUCUAUACGUACAGUGGCCAAAUAUCCCUUGAUAUUUCUAAAUAUAGUGGCCAUAAUAUUUAAAUUAAUAUUAGGCUAAAUAAUAAAUAUGAAUGUGUGUUUGAUGUUUAAUAUCUUAAUAAAUAGUUAUUUUUUAUACAAAUUUUUA